AUGUCCGAUAUCAAUCUGGUUUCAUCGUCGCGGCAUCCGACCCAGUUUUCCCUCACUUACGGUUUCUAUGUCGUGUUGGGUGGUCUAGUGGUCGAUGUCAGCGACAUAUACGACAACAUCAGGAAGAUGGGAUGGGAGAGUUUCUCGAUGUCAGACCGAGAUAUCAGGGACAAGAGCAAGGCAGAUAAUUUGUCAAAGGUGCUGGUCAUUCUCCAGGUAUCCUGGACAUUUCUGCAAUGCAUCUCGCGGCAAGCUUCCGGAUAUCCUUUAACCCUACUCGAAGUCCACAUUCUCGUGCAUGCCGCUUGUGCUAUGCUCAUGUAUGCAUUGUGGUUUCACAAGCCUCUUGAUGUCGGAGAUCCUUCGUCUGUCACCCUGGGCCCAGUUUCUAAAGAUGUGGCGCUUGCAUUGGUGAGGUCGUCUGGUUCAGCCUAUAAGCCGUUUACUGCGAUUGUCGGGCCUCAAACUCAGUUCAAGACUUCUGAUUCCGAAUACGUUCUUGAUUUUUUAGACCUAAUACUGGACCCCGGGUCCAAGAAACAACUGCCAAGCGAGGGCGACCUCCUCAUUUUCAAUACGAAAUGUCUGCAGUACCCGCAUGAAGGCUCAAAUGACUCGGAGCCACUGGCAGAGUCUAUUCUCGAUACUCUUGCUGUUGGUCAUAAAACAGAGGCGGAUCAGUCUCAGAUGGAUCCUGGAGACAAUGGUCCUGGUGACCGGUCAAUCACUCACGUCGGGAAUUGGUCCUGGGGCCUUCGACAGCGAGUGCACAGAAUCAUUCAGCUUUCGAUUACGAAAGAAUAUCGCGAGAAUUCCAGGGCUCAGGCGACUGACUCCGUCACAAUUCCAAACAAUGAGAUUGACCCUUGGAUGAAACCACUCCUAGGCGAUGAACGCCGCCACCGGUCCCACCUAUUCAAGGUGACUGUCUGUCUGUCUCGAAAAGAUCUGCUGCGCUGGCAUCGUGCUGGGCUUGCUUAUCGCCACGAGUUGACAGCCGAGGCUUCCAAGGAUUCAGUUUGCGAUGACAGCCACGCCACUGGGGGCAUCCCUCAGAUAUCACGAUCGGCUACACCUUGCUUGCGGUCGCUACAAGCGGAAGAUUACUCAGACCGUACAUCGACACAUUCAAACGGCGUUUUUGUCCUACGGUCACCCAAUCUGUCAUUCGCAACGACGCCAGCUCUGAGGGACAAUGCUCAAUACCUCGACAAGGCGACUCAGGCUAUUGUUUCCAUGACUCUGGUCUCUGCGGCCUACGCUGGUGUCCACGUGGCGCUUUGGAACUAUGAGUUCCCUACAGAGGUCGAGAAUUUGCUGUGGAGAGUUGCAAGUUGUGCACUUGGUGCUCCCCUGGCGAUAAUCCCUGGGAUUUGCAGUAUCACUGCUUGCUUUUCCUUAUGGCGGCAGAUCAAGGCCCUCGCAUUAUUGCUCGGCGAAGCUCUGGGAUCCCUUAAGGCGUGGAGUCCGGGACGACGGUCAGUGGAGCCCGCCUCUACUGAGGACAGGGACGACUCCGCUACGACCCGAAAAGAGCCUACUGGGAGAGUAACAAAAGAAAUGAGGAGACUAAAAAUCGAUUUCCUCAAUCUUCUGGACGAUCUUUUGUACUAUUCGAUUAUCUUCCUGGUUUUUCCGUCCAUGCUGGCUUCAAUGGCCUUAUAUGUUUUGUCCAGGCUGUACAUCGUGGUGGAGGCGUUCAUUAGUCUGAGGCGCGUGCCAGUCGGUGUGUACGAGACAACGACGUGGGCACAGUACAUUCCUCAUUUCUAG